AUGUCUCUUCCUGGCUCCCCUUAUGUCGCAUACGCUUUCGAGAUACUCUACUCCAAGUUACAUAGAAUCAGACCUCCUUUAUCUCUAUCAUCCUUCAAAUCAUGCUAUGGAGUGCCUAUCUCCCACAGAACAGAAAAGCAUCCAUUGUUCGUUACUUGGAACAUCAUAGUGGGCUCAGAAAAGGAGCUCCGUGGGUGUAUUGGGACAUUUUCUCCCAUGGAAAUCCAGUCAGGAAUUAAAGAGUUUGCGUUGACUGCCGCUUUUCAAGACAACAGAUUCGACCCCAUUGAGCUCGAAGAACUUGAGGAAUUGAGUUGUGAUAUUACCUUGUUGAAAGAUUUUGAAAAAGUCGAAGACAUAUGGGAUUGGGAUCUCGGGACCCAUGGGAUAAGAAUCUCGUUCACUUAUCAUAAUCGUCUUAGAAGCGCCACUUUUUUACCUGAUGUGGCGGUAGAACAAAAUUGGGAUAAAGAAACCACCAUGAGAUAUUUGGUGGCCAAAGGUGGGGGACCUCGGUCAAUCACCGAUUUUGGCAAGUUGGAUAUUAGUUUGACGAGAUAUAAAGGGGAGAAAUCGCACAUUACUUAUUCUGAGUUUAAGGAAAUCAGGAAGAGGGCGGUGAGUCAUUGA